UUUGGCUGUGUAUAACUCUCAAAUCUUAGUCCACGACAACAAAACAACAUUGUUCUCCUUCCUCUUGAAUUUUCUUCUCCGUUGACCUUUAUAGUUCGAGCUUCAGCUCCUGCUGAUGUGUGGCCUUCUGAGUUUUUUCUUGGAUAUUCGGAAACCAAGAAGGUCAACAAUAAAUAUGGAGAUAAACUAUAUAAGUCUGAUUUAAUUAACAAUAAUAAUUAGCAAUCAAAGCUCUCGAGUUCCAAGGAGAGUUCACCAAUGGAAACUGAUCUCUUUAAAAAAAAAAAACUCAUCAUAAAAGCUCUAUGAGCUUGUGGUAAAUGGUCUGCAAUACACUCUUUCCUCCAUUAUAUUGUAGUGUAGAGGCUGAGAGAUUUAGGGACUUUGAUAAUGGCGAGUCAACAUUUCUUCAAGCCUCUUCUUCCCGGAUUCUACAGCCACUUGACGAUUCCUGUGGCUUUCCUCUUGAAGAAUGUAAAAGGAAGAGAUGAGCAGAAGACAGCGGGGCUGAGGUCAGACGCGUCAAAGAAAACUUGGGAAGUGAAGAUAGAUGGGCAGAGACUCACUGACGGUUGGAAAGAGUUUGCAGUCGCACAUGAUCUUCGAAUCGGUGACAUUGUCGUGUUCAGACAAGAGAGCAACAUGGCUUUCCACGUUACAAUGUUGGGACCUAGUUGUUGUGAAAUUCAAUAUGUGUCUUCUUGUUUAGACGACCAUAACAACCUCGGGAAGAAUCCAAGUAGAGAAGCAGAGUCUUCAUCACUAGAUCCCUCUUGUUUCGUGGCUAAUAUCACGGCUUCGACUCUCUUAUAUGACAGACUGAAUUUUCCAAGAAGUUUUGUAAGGGAAAAUGGUCUAGACACAAGAUGUGGAGAGAUUGUUCUGAUGAAUGAAAAGGGCAGAUCAUGGACUGUUGAUUUGAGAUGUAAGAGAUCAUGCGGAAUCGCUUACAUCAAACGAGGAUGGAGAAAUUUUUGUCAUGCCAAUGAACUUAGAGCUGGAAGUUUCUUCACUUUCAAACUAAUAAUCCAAAGAGGAAGAACUCUGGUUCUACGUUUGUCCCCCAAAGAACCAAUAGAAGAACAAAAGUGCUCUGAAGCUAAUGAAGAGAGCAGCCAAAAUGAGAAAAGCUCAUUGAUACGGAAAGCUUCAUCUUUGGCAUCCCAAAACCGAUAUGUGACAGUAACUCUUACACGUUACAACGUCAGCUUUUCUAGACUGACUCUUCCAAUACAUUUCACAAAGGUGAGUGGCAUAGUAAAGGCAAAGAAGAUGAGUUUCUUGGAUAAACAUGGCGUAAAAUGGUCUACGGAUCUGAGGUUUGACAAGAAACAUCUGAGAAUGCGAUUGGUUGGUGGCUGGAAAGAGUUUUGCGAUGCUAACCAUGUGAAGAUAGGAGAAUCAGUCAUGUUGGAACUAAUUUGGGAAGCACAAGAAUGCUCUGUUCUUAAGUUCUGCUCCAAAGUGAUGCCAGAGACCAACUGAAAAGAUGUUUCUAAAAGGUUACUGAAUUGCAUGAAUCAAUGUUUUAACUAGUGAGACUCCUUUAGACAUUCUGGUUCAAAGUAGUGAUGUAUAAUUAUAGCUUGUGUUUGAUAUCUCAGUUGUACUAGAAGCUAGAUGAAUGCUUUACCUAGAUGCUUAUGGUGUUGUGUAAUAAUCCAUAAUCUCUUUUCCAAUUAUACUUAGGGGGUGUUAUUGGA